AGUUGGUUAGCACCUACCUCCAUUUCAUACAAUGCUCCGUCCGUACUAGUUUUCCAUAAUAACUCCAUUAGAUUUCUUUUCCGUCACAAUCCUUUUCUAUUCAUCAUCCUCCUCCUCACCAUUAUCACUGACACUGUCACUGUCACCAAAACUUAAACUCCUCCCUACCCCUCACGUACACCCACGGCAACGAUAUCCUUUCUUUGUCUCAAGAGUCCACCAUGAACCUUCUGUAACGACUCGCUCGUUACAUCCAAACCGCUGUCUCGCCCGCCACAAAGAGCUCGAGCACGACCUGGACCUAGUAAAAUCAUAGGACUCGACUUCCAGUCCAGUCCAGUCCAGCGCAGCACACAAGACACACUCUGUAGCUGUCAAGCUGCUCUGUCAGCACCCGGCGCAUGCCGCCAAGCAACACAAAACCGUGUCACAACUGCCGUCGUCGACGCCUGCGCUGCGACCGCUCAUGGCCGACAUGCCACAAAUGUGCGGUCUCAGGGCAGGAAUGCCUCGGGUAUGGCAAGGUCUUCGUUUGGACCCAAGGAAUUGACUCCCACGGCAAUGUCAAUCCCCCUCCCGGCCGGCGACUACCCGACGAAUCUGAUGCUUCCACCUCUGUAUCACCUACCGGCCACCAGCAGGGCCAGGGUCAGCAUGAUCGCGCUCGACCUCAGCCUCAACCUGACUAUAGCGACCAACAUCCGCUGGCGCGUUUGGUUCAACAGGCCCAGCAGGCCGCCCAAGAGGCGGAAGAGAUGAAUCCGCAGCAGCAGCAACAGCAGCAGCAGCAAAGGCAACAGCAGCAGCCAACCCCGCCAGAUUCUGAGGGCUCCCCUUCACACGAUCCUAGCAUACCCUGGCCUUCUCCUGCUGCGCUUACAGAUCCGUUGUUCCAGGACCUUGACCGCACAUCACGAUACUACCUAGCGCAUUUCAGCGAGAGGGUCUGCAAAGAUCUUGUGGUCCGAGACACGCCUGAAAACCCGUUCCGUGAGCUGAUACCCUUGACGCGGAAGCACCCGCUCCUCUUGCAGAUUCUUGUUGCGACUUCAGCAAUCCAUUGGUCCAAUAUAUUUCGUCGUGUUACCGAAAUACCGGCAGGCCUCACCAAUCCCGCGGGCUAUCUUUCCCUGCUACGUUCAAAAGAUCUUGUGACACGACAGGCUCUCAUCGAUGCCUUGACGGCGAAGCAAAAGGCCAUGAGCCACCUUAGGGAGGUGCUCGAUACCCUUGACCCGGCAGGUAGUGAGGUGGCAUUAGCUGCCAUGCACUUUUUUAUCAAGUUUGACUUGAUUGAUCUGGAUAAGUCAGACAACCAGAGCUGGAGGGCCCACUUGGAAGGCGCCACAAGCAUCAUGGCAUUGCUCAACCCGGACAGUAAUCCCGACGCAUCUAGUAGAAUGUUGCGGGACCGUGUCAUUACUGACAGCUUCAUUUACAACAUUUUGGGCUCGACGUUGACAUCUGGUGGCCUCGCAGCUCGUGUUGCACGGCAAGCUUUCCAGUUCUUACCCGUUAUGAAGCGUGUGGAACUGACAAGCUACUUGUCUUGCCCUCCGGAGAUUCUGAACAUCAUUCUUUCUGCAUCCGAGCUGUCCCACGAAGUACCCUGGACAGACCAGUCUCUAGGUGCGGCAGACAAGGCAAUUGCUCUAAUAGACGAGGCUCUUGCUGUGGACAUUCCAGCUUGGGCAGACUAUUUGCGACAACACAACCUCGUUCAGGAUCUUGAGAGUCGAGUGUGUCUAGCUGCGGCACACCGGUCAGCAGCUUGCCUGUACAUCCUCCAAGCGCUACCGCUAGUUCGGUCUGUACGGUCCAUUGAUACCGAUUUCCUGUUGGAGGACGUUUUGAGAAAUUUAGCCGCCAUCGAUGAAAAUGACCCAUACUUCAAGGCAUCGUCGUGGCCGACUUUUGUUGCAGGGGCCGAGACACGAGACCCUGAAAAACGCACUUGGACCCUGGCACGGCUGUUGUCGAUUUGGCAAAUCUGUCCAUGGGGGUAUCUCUUCACGGCAAUUGAAAUGCUCAAAGCGACAUGGGCGAUGCAGGAUUCGCGCGGCUCAGCUAAUGUCAACUGGCUACAUGAUCUACGGGGGAUGGGAUUUGAGAACUUGAUUGUUUGAUAUGAUAUGAUAUGAUGUUGUGUUUUUGGUUACAGGGUGUGUUUACUGGAUCCAGUCCAUACGUACUGCCUGUCACUGUGGUGUGUUUUAUUUAGCGUCGAGCGAAAAGUUGUGUCGAGUUGAGACUUGUGCUUCAUUCUAGGGUUCAUUUCAGUUCGGUUGCAAGCUCGGAGUUAAAGUAGUAGCUAAUAGGUUAGAGGAACGCCGCGUGUCUUUUUUGGCCAGCUGUCCAUGGUGCAGUGCUAAAGAGAGAAUAGAGGGUGUUUUGGGCGUCGGGAAGGGUCAUUUCGCAAAUGCCGGUUCUAGACUGAUCGAAUCUCGC